UUCUGUCAGUCCAUCUCUCCAUUCCUCUGGUCUCUCCCUGUUUCUUUCCCACCCUCUCUUGGUUCUGCCUCUCCAGGUCCAGACUUCCUCUCCCCUCAGGCUGAAGGAUCAGGGCCAUGUCAGGCCACGGUCCUGAACUGCAGAUCCCCGGGAGGUGGGCCAGAAGGGACUGGGGUGCAGGGUGGGGUGAAAACAGUUUCAGGGACGCCCCCUUCCCAUCCUUUCCUCUUCACCCCCCACCCCCACCCCAUGUUGUGAUGGAAGCUGACAUGUCGUGGGCUGCAGCUGCCGCAGGGGGAAUCCCCGCCGGAAGGUUUUGCCUGGAGCAGAGGCAUAGCGGGAGUGUAUGAGUGUGUGUGAGUGAGCGAGUGAGUGAGUGUGUGUGCGUAGGCAUGUAUGGGGCCUUGUGCGUGCCCAUGGAUGCGAGCACAGAAGUCGACGCCUGCUUAAGACCUCAGGAGAGCCCAGGAUGGAACCAGACUUAGAGAAGGACUUCUCAGGGCUGGGCAGGGAGACCAAUGUGGUUUUCUCAGCCCCUCCCACCUUCAGACCCCCUUUGCCUCUGAUAAAGGGUGUGUGUUUGUUAUUUUUAACAUUUAUUGAGUAUUUACUGUGUUCUAGGCCCUGUGCUCUGGAGCCCCCAUGAAUGAGCUCACUGAACCCUUGAAACAACCCAGUGAAAAUGAUGAAGAAACCGAGAUUCAGAGAGGUUCAGACGCUUGCCCGAGGUCACACAGCUAGUCUCACUGCCCACUCCUCCCACCUUCCCACUGCGCCAUGGCUCCGGGCCCCUUCUCCUCGGUGCUGCUCUCGCCACCACCUGCUGCCCUGUCCUUUCUGCUGCUACUCUGGGCGGGGGCGUCUCGUGGCCAGCCCUGUCCUGGCCGCUGCAUCUGCCAGAACGUGGCGCCCACGCUGACGAUGCUGUGCGCCAAGACCGGCUUGCUCUUCGUGCCGCCAGCCAUCGACCGGCGCGUGGUGGAGCUGCGGCUCACCGACAACUUCAUCGCGGCCGUUCGUCGCCGAGAUUUCGCCAACAUGACCAGCCUGGUGCACCUCACCCUCUCCCGUAACACAAUCGGCCAGGUGGCAGCCGGCGCCUUUGCUGACCUCCGCGCCCUCCGCGCCUUGCACCUCGACAGCAACCGCCUGGCCGAGGUACGCGGCGACCAGCUUCGCGGCUUGGGCAACCUCCGCCACCUGAUCCUCGGCAACAACCAGAUCCGCCGGGUGGAGUCGGCGGCCUUUGACGCCUUCCUGUCUACCGUAGAGGACCUGGAUCUGUCCUACAACAACCUUGAGGCCCUGCCCUGGGAGGCCGUAGGCCAGAUGGUGAACCUGAACACCCUCACGCUGGACCACAAUCUCAUCGACCACAUCGCCGAAGGUACUUUCGUGCAGCUUCACAAACUGGUUCGCUUAGACAUGACCUCUAACCGCCUCCACAAACUGCCCCCUGAUGGGCUCUUCUUGAGGUCCCAAGGCCCUGGGCCGAAGCCACCCACGCCGCUCACGGUCAGCUUCGGUGGCAACCCCCUGCACUGCAACUGCGAGCUGCUCUGGCUGCGGCGGCUGACCAGAGAGGAUGACCUGGAGACAUGCGCCACGCCUGAGCACCUCACCGACCGCUACUUCUGGUCCAUCCCUGAGGAGGAGUUCCUGUGCGAACCCCCGCUGAUCACACGGCAGGCGGGGGGCCGCGCGCUGGUGGUGGAGGGCCAGGCGGUCAGCCUACGGUGCCGGGCCGUGGGCGACCCCGAGCCGGUGGUGCAUUGGGUGGCACCCGACGGGCGAUUGCUUGGGAACUCGAGCCGGACCCGGGUCCGGGGGGAUGGGACGCUGGAUGUAACCAUCACCACCUUGCGGGACAGUGGCACCUUCACUUGCAUUGCCUCCAAUGCCGCGGGGGAAGCCACGGCGCCGGUGGAAGUGUGCGUGGUGCCUCUGCCCCUGAUGGCGCCUCCGCCUGCCGCCCCGCCACCUCUCACAGAGCCUGGCUCCUCUGACAUCGCCACACCCGGCCGACCUGGUGCCAACGAAUCGGCCGCUGAGCGCCGGCUGGUGGCAGCUGAGCUCACCUCCAACUCCGUGCUCAUCCGCUGGCCGGCGCAGAGGCCCAUUCCUGGCAUCCGCAUGUACCAGGUCCAGUACAACAGCUCUGCCGACGACUCCCUCGUGUACAGGAUGAUCCCCUCCACCAGCCAGACCUUCCUGGUGAAUGAUCUGGCGGCGGGCCGCGCCUACGACCUAUGCGUGCUAGCCGUCUACGACGACGGAGCCACGGCACUGCCAGCCACGCGAGUGGUGGGCUGCGUGCAGUUUACCACGGCUGGGGAUCCGGCGCCCUGCCGCCCGCUAAGAGCCCACUUCUUGGGUGGCACCAUGAUCAUCGCCAUUGGGGGUGUCAUCGUCGCCUCGGUCCUCGUCUUCAUCGUUCUGCUCAUGAUCCGCUACAAGGUCUAUGGCGACGGGGAUGGCCGCCGCGCCAAGGGUACCUCCAGGUCGCCCCCGCGGGUCAGCCACGUGUGCUCGCAGACUAACGGCGCAGGUGCGCCGCAGGCUCCGCCCCUGCUGGCGCAGGACCGCUACGAAGCGCUGCGCGAGGUGGCUUCCCCCGCUGCUGCGGCGGUGGCCGUCGAAGCGAAGGCCACGGCGGCUGAGACGGCUUCUGCGGAGCCGGAGGUGGUCCUUGGACGCUCCCUGGGCGGCUCGGCCACAUCGCUGUGCCUGCUACCUUCUGAAGAAACCUCCGGGGAGGAGUCGCGGGCCAUGGCGGGCCCUCGGAGGAGCCGUUCUGGGGCCCUGGGGCCACCAGCUUCGGCGCCCCCAACUCUAGCUCUCGUUCCUGGGGGGGCCCCGGCCCGGCCGAGGCCGCAGCAGCGCUAUUCGUUCGACGGGGACUACGGGGCACUCUUCCAGAGCCACAGUUACCCGCGCCGCGCCCGGCGGACAAAGCGCCACCGGUCCACGCCACACCUGGACGGGGCCGGAGGGGGCGCGGCCGGGGAGGAUGGAGACCUGGGGCUGAGUUCGGCCAGGGCGCGCCUGGCCUUUACCAGCACCGAGUGGAUGCUGGAGAGUACCGUGUGAGCGGCGGGCGGGCGCCGGGACGCCUGGGUGUCGCGGGACAAACGCCCAGCUGCCGGGUCGCUGGGGCAGGACUCGGGGGAGAAAGCAUAGCGCCAAGUCGUGGACUGGCGGGGAGACGCGCCCUUCUCUCCCCAGAGAGGGCGGGGCACCCUCAGGCUGUGGUUAGAGGCCUUCUUGCCCCGCCCCGCACCCCGCGCCCCGGGGGUUUAGGGGGGCAGGCCGCCGGGCUCUCCUCCCCCACGGACUCCUCGCCCCACUCCUGCUCCUCCCCCCUGCGCGCUCGCGGACCUCGCUGGAGCCGGUGCCUUACACAGCGAAGCGCGGGGAGGGGCAGGGCCCCCCCGACACUGCAGCACUGAGACACGAGCCCCCUUUCCCCCGCCUGGGACCUGGGGCAGGGGCGAGGGGCCCAUUUCUUGUAUCUGGCUGGACUAGAUCCUAUUCUGUCCCGCGGCGGCUUCCAAAGCCCCCACCCCCACCCCAUUCACCUCCCUGGUCCCAUUGGGUCUGGCUUGGGGUACCCCUUUCUCUGUUACCUUCGUUUGUCUCUGUCCCACUCUGUCUUAACGUCUCUGCCCUUGCCUAUUUGUCUCUCCUUUCUCUGUCCUGUCGUCUCUUCUCCCUCUGACCUCCCAUAUUUUGUCAAGUCUCCCUGUCUCUCCUGGUUACCUCUUCCCACUAAACAUUCUCCCGGGCAGGUCCCACUGGAAGGACCAGACUCUCUCCUAUUCCUUCCUCUUUCCCCAGAUAAAUCCCCACAUGAACAAAAUCCAAAACCAAGUCCUCCUCCCUACCGGAGCCGGGACCCUCCGUCGCAGCAGAAUUAAACUUUUUUCUGUGUCUGAGGCCCCUCUGCUGA